GUGUACCCAUAAUAAAUAUUCGAGCUUAACCUCAUUUUGUUACAUCAUUUCAGUACUGCAGUGACAGCUGUCAAGGUUCAGAAGUGUGCUAAUUAUUCUGAAAUGAAGUGAUCAACUGUUAAUUAUUGUUUAAUCAUUGAAGAUACUACCGACUCAGCAGCGCAUAUAUCUACAGUUUAUUGUUUCGUUUUAAUACGAAAACACGAUAAAGGAUGACAAUGGGAGAUGAAACUCCAGUUACAUCACUUGUCCUCCCUGUGAUAUUACGUCCAAUACUUUCAAAGUUGGAAAGUCAAAAUGUUGUCGCUGCUCAGACACUCAAGUCAGCCCUAUCCAAAGCUGAAAACAGUCAUCCAGGAAUUGUUUAUGACUUGAUCCUCGGGAUUGUUAGAAGAGCUGACUUGAGUCUCGAUAUGAAUGCCAGUGUAUUACGAUUGCAAGGCGUUGCAUCAGACUGCGAUACUAUUGAGUACCGCUCAGGAAGAUCAGAAGACGCAUUUCAGGAGUUGAAUCGUAAAUCAACUGCGUUGAAGCGAAUAUUGAGCAGAAUCCCAGAUGAAAUAACAGAUCGUAAAACAUUUUUAGAAACUAUCAAGGAGAUCGCAAGUGCUAUUAAGAAACUACUAGACGCUGUGAACGAGGUGACUGCAUUUAUACCAGGGAUAGCAGGGAAACAGGCGCUGGAUCAAAGAAAAAGGGAAUUUGUCAAAUACAGCAAACGGUUCAGUAAUACAUUGAAGGAGUAUUUCAAAGAAGGACAAGCAAAAGCCGUGUUCAUCAGUGCCCUCUUCCUUAUUCGACAAACCAACAUGAUCAUGAUCACUGUAAAGAACAAAUGCGAGUAAAACUUUUUUUUUAUUAUCAACUGUUCAAUAAGUGUUCAAAUGAGAUAAGUCAAUUAAACUUCAGGUUGAAGUUUUGAUGAAUAUUUCUGAAUCUGAGUCAGAUAGCGAAAUUUCUAUGAGAAUUUUUCCGUGAUUCAUUCAGAACUAUAACAAACGCCCUUACCAAAAUUUUAUUAUUUCGUUAAUUCUAGAGUAUUCUGCAAAAGCUAGUUUGAGAAAUUAGCUUAUAUUGUAUCAUUAUACUGCUGAAUCAACAAACUUCCUGUCCUCAGGAAUGAUAAACCUUCGACGAUUUUCCCAUGAAAUUCAUCGCUCAUUCUGACUCUUUAUAGUCGAAGUCUUGUGGAGAAUUUUUUCAUCUUUUAUUAAUAUUAACUGUUCAGGGUAUCUAGAAAGAAUUAUUGAUUUGUACUUUCCCUUAUUACGUCGUCAUGUUAUCAUUUAUUGUAUUCUUUGUUUAAAAAAUUAUAUAUAUUAUACCUAUAUGAUAAUAAAAGAAAAAAGUAACGUUGACUAAAAUUGUAAGAAACUC